CGAAGAAGAAGAACGCGAGUCAGAAGAAGAAGAAGAAGGGGGAAGUGUUGUUUGAUUGUUUCCAUUUAGUUAACUGGCGACGACUCUCCGGCUGUUUGGCUUUGAGAAUAUCAGCAGAAUCCAUACAAAUUCACGAUGAACCUGGAACGACUGCCCAAUGAGGAGAAGCUCAGCCUUUGCAGAAAAUAUUAUUUAGGUGGCUUUGCAUUUCUCCCAUUCCUGUGGCUGGUCAACGUUGUUUGGUUUUUUCGAGAGGCUUUUGUAAAGCCAGCCUACACUGAACAGCUUCAGAUUAAAACCUAUGUAAAGAGGUCAGCGCUGGGGUUGCUGUUAUGGGUAGCGGUACUCACCACAUGGAUUACUAUCUUCCAGCACUUCAGAGCAGAGUGGGGGGAGGUGGGAGAUUACCUCUCCUUUACAAUUCCACUGGGCAUUCCUUGAGAUGUUUUUUGAUGGCCAAUCUUUUGAAAAUAAUUAAUGAUCCACUAUAAUGGACCAAAGAAUUUUCUUUUUUUAAACUACAGUGAAAGAUUUUGGUGAUAUGCCUGGUUUCUGGAGCUAAAUUCAGUAGCUGAAUAACACAUUCACAGAGUAAUCCUUUAUGUUUUCAAAAGAUAAAUGCUGUAGGACUCGGAAAUUUAUGUUUUUUUUGUGCUUGGCUUCUGAGAAAGUCCUCUGGUUUUAGAGUAGGCUCAUUAAUCUUGUAUAGCAGACGGUGUUAACUGUCAUGUAAUUAUCUACAAAGUUGGAUGUCCAUUGAGGUUUGUUCAGGAUACUGAGAAGUUUUUUUCUUGACAUGUUUUAUGUUUUUUUUUUGUUAAAGUUUGUAUGUGACUGUGCACCCAGAACUAUUUCUACUUGUGUGUGAAUGACAAAUAAAAAAUAUCCCCACUUCCAAGCUA